CUCGACUGUCGUAAAGCGAGCUAGCUUAGCUUGUUAGCUAGCUUGUAACAUGCCCCAAAGUCACGGAGCGUCAUUUACAUUUGUUUUUUACUGCGGGCAAAUGUUUUACCACGAAGGGAACACGAGAUAUCUGUGAGACCAACCGAUAUACACGUUUAACAAAAACACCGUUUUAAUGUCUUCUCUUUAGGUUUUGCGUGGGGAACGCUCCGUGACCGGAUGUUUAAAAACUGGGCUCAUCUUGCUCGUUUGGCCCCAGCUGCUACCUAAAGCACAUGCUUACACUGAAAAACAUGACGGAGCCACGCAGCCCAGGAAUGUCCUCCAUGCCUCAGACAGCACCAGUGCACACAGAGUCCACCUCUCCGGCUGUAGAGAUGGACCCAGUGGAGUACACCCUGAGGAAGCGCCUCCCCCGGAAACUCCCGAAGAGACGGAACGACGUCUACGUCAACAUGAAGACAGAUUUCCGCGCUCAGCUAGCACGCUGUCAGAAGCUGCUGGAAGGUGGGGGUCACAGGGAGAUCUGUGUCCACGGCCUGGGCCUGGCCAUCAACAGGGCUAUCAACAUUGCCCUUCAACUGCAGGCCAGCAGCCAGGGGGCGCUGCAGCUGGCAGCCAACACCUCCACCGUGGAGCUCGUGGACGACCUGGAGCCUGAAGAUCCGGAUGAGGCCGGGGAGCCAAUGACGCGCACGCGCAACAACUCGGCCAUUCACAUCAAGGUUUUCUACCCCGACCCUCAGUGAGCUGAAUAGAGGCGUGUCAGGCAGAGGCUCUCCGGGAGUCUUCAAGUCCUAUUAAUUCCCUUGUGAACACAACAUUGUUGCGUGCAUGCGUGUGUGUUCAGACCAAUGAAGACAGCAGCAGAGGACUGCAGAAUGGACAAUGUGUUGGCUGAACGUUAUUCAUUAAACUGUGUUGGAAUACUCCAAUUGGGACAACCUCAGUUGACCAAAUAUAUUGAGCUUGUUUGUCUUGGGUUGUGUCACUUGCAAAUGGUUCCUGUUGUACCUUUUUCUUUUUUACAUUGCAUGUCUCGAAGCAGCAGAGGCGUUUGCCAGGUGAAACCUCAGUAUAGUUUAAAUACUUGUAGACAUGGCUGUGCCAGAUGUGAACGUACAAGUGUCUUUCAUUUUGAGGCCCGACUCAAAAGUGUUCAAGUGUUUACAGUUUCAUAUCUGUAUGUUUUCAAAUAUACAAACAAUUAGAAUAACUGAAGAAUACUAAAGUUUAUUUAUAAGUGUUGUAGUAGUAAAUGUCCACUAGAUGUCAGCACGCUAAAUCUAUUACAGUUUGGUUUCAGAACGUUGGAACUGCUGGUGGUGGUCAUGUUCAAAAUUAAUAUGUAAUGGACCUGUUUUUAGGAAGACAGCGUAUUUGAUUUCUUUACGAAAGAAUAAAUUGUAUAAAUAUAUAAAA